CUUCAAACUAUCCUUAAAAAGUGUACUUAACCUAACCCAACUAAAGCGUAAAAGUUAUAAAAAGGAAAUUCCAAAAUUGACCUUUAUCCACGUCAACUGCCUUAUCCAUUUCAAAAUCUUUUUCCCGAUCCUCUACAUCCCAAACCACGUUACCCCCCAAAUGAAACCGAUUCAUGUUUGUUCACUUGUUCCAUAAAUACCCUUGAAGUCAAAUCUACACUACAUUAAAACAGAUACACGUAGAAACAAUAACACGUGAUACAAACCUUUACCCACAGCUUUAUCCAAUAAAGUUUCUCUCAAACCAAACCCUAAUUUUUUCAAAAUCUCUCGCUACAUUUUCAUAUCAAUGGCUUCUACAAUGAUGUUCAACUGCUCUCUCGCCGCUGCUCCGGUCCGAGCAUCGGCUGGAUCCGGUAGAAAACCGGAUCCCAAUCUCAAGAAAACCGGUUCUUCUUCCUCCUGGUGGGCUCCUCUUUUCGGCUGGUCCUCCGAUCCUGACUACAUUAACACCGCCGUAACUAGUUCUGAUUAUAAACAAUCUGAGACACCGGAGUCGGAAUCUAGAUCUAAAUUCUCCGUCGGUUGCUUCACGGAGGAGAAAGCUAGGCAGCUGAGAAAGAAGACGGCUGAGAAUAGUUCGUUUCACGAUAUAAUGUACCACUCGGCGAUUGCUUCUCGUCUCGCCUCGGAUAUAUCGGACCGGUCCGAUUAGUGAAUCGAAAUCCGGUAAGCUGAAAUCAAUUUGUCGAAAUUUCUUUGGUUAGGUUGUGGUUUUUUUAGAAACAGCUGGCUUUGAAUUUUAUUCUGUGCGGUUGGGAACACCUGUUUUUAAUGUGUUACUCUUAACUGUGGACUGUUAGAUUUGUAUCAAUGGAAAUGGAAAUGUUAUUGUUCAUCGUUAAUGUGAUAUUGACCGUAUGUAGGGUGGGACCCAUGUAUGAUUUUAGGCCGAACUUUAUAAAAUCUGAAGUUUUUUUUUUUU